AUGCUCCUCUCCGAUCUACCGCAAGACGUCCUUUCUCUUAUUGUGUCUCAUCUCGCGCCUAAGGACUACCUCGCUUUCUCUCAGGUAUCCAAGGCAAUCUACUCAGAAUAUCGACAAGACUCACUAUAUUGGCGGACUCAAACAUCCAACACUUUUCGUCUUCCAAUCAGUCCCUUGCUUGCUGCCGACGGCCCUCGCUGGUAUUGGCUCUACAAGCGUUUAAAAACCCAGACCCAACUCUAUACAUGGGGUCAAGGAGUGAAAGGUAACUUGGGUCUCGGACGAGCUCUUCCUAACCCUCACCCUCGCCCUCCUCUGUUGGGGCCGAACCCACCCCGAACCGUCAUUCGAGGUCCUCAUCGCCCCUUCCCUCGUCAACUUCCGCGACCCGUUCCACGUCAGAGCUUCCAUAGAACCUCAUCAAGCUGGCCAACGGAAACUCAUAUUCCCGAUGAAGUGGGAGUCAUUGCCGACCUCCAAUGCGGAGGCUGGUCGACUACCAUCCUCUCCUCAAAGGGCAGACUCUACACCGUUGGAAUCAUCGACUCCCUGAACGGCAUACCUGUCGGCCAUGCUACGAAUGACUUCACGCCGUUGGAGUAUCUCACGCAAAGUACCUCGGCAGUACGCCAGUUUUCGUCGGGGAGGCGACACAUACUUGCUUUGACCGACGAUGGAGAAAUUCUCUCAUGGGAUCGGAUUAAUGCUAAGGGUUUAAAAGUAUUUCCAACGAGUGGGAGAGAUUUUGGCGGCAAACCUGUCAGGGUGUCUGCUGGUUGGGGAGAAAGCUCAGCUUACGUGCCUGAGGUUGGGAUUAUAUUUUGGGACCCUGUACGAAACAAUCAAAGAGACGAGAUGGAGGACAGCGUUCAUGUGAAGGUAAAACUGAUUCCAGGCACGGCUCGAAAAAGGACAAACAAUGGCCCUGUUGAAGUUAUAAAACACAUUCUAUUGACGGAUUUCGUGGUGUGGAUCACGAGCGACUCUAGGAUUUAUGCAUGUGAUAUGCAUGUUGAAAGCCCCGAGCAAGAUGCGCCCACGAGGACUCCUUUUGAAGUCCCUGGGUUUAGCGGGCCUGAACGCGAACUUAAGGACAUUCAAGGCCAGUUCCAGAGGUUUGGUGUCUUUACUGCCUCAGGCGAAGUCGUGUCGGGGGAUGUUGAAUACCUGAAACGAUGUGCGGAAGCUGCUGCCAACCAGGCCGGUCUCAUCGAGUCGGGAGAUUGGUCCACCCUGACAAGUCUUCUAGCCUCAAAGCCUCGAGACAUUCCGGCACUACAACACACAGGUGUCAUUGGUCUUGCUUACGGCGACUAUCACUACCAUGCUCUGCAUGCCAACGGGAAGAUCACUUCAUACGGAACGGAUUCACAACAAUGCGGCUCUUUAGGCCUAGGAAACCUUCAAGAAGGCGCAAGUUUCCGUGGUCUCUUCCGCAAACAACCUGGUCUUCGGGCAGAUGCGUGUCUCAUCCCAACAGCAUAUCUUACAGGCCGUCAACUGUGGUUCGAACCAGAACGUAAAGAUUGGCUCAAGUGGCUUGAAGAAAAGUCGCAACAUGAAUCGGUCGCGCUAAGAUCCCAAGAGCGACCAGAGGACCCGACGUCAAAUGAGAGCCCCCAGCCCAUCGCUCACAUCCUAGAUGCGAAGGCGCGGGCCGCUUUCAGUGAAUGGGUGGAACAAGAGGGUCGACAUUGGGAAGAUGGCCCUGUCUCGCGAUCAUCGCCUGCUACAUCCGAAGACAAGGCCAGAAAGCAGGCUUCGGGGGACUAUGUGAGCCUCGGAGCAUACUUCCCAAUUGCCGUUGCGGCUGCAGGUUGGCAUAGUGGUGCGCUGGUCCUUAAAGACGACGAGAAGGCUCACGAAAUCCGGAACUUGUGGGUCGUUCCGAAAAGCCACGAUGAGCAUGAUGAUCAGACGCAGUCGAUGCCUGGCGCCUUUCAGCAUCUUAAUGUCGAUGAAGAAGAAUACGUCUGGCAGAAAGAUGGGUUUCCUAGGGUGCGAUUGCCAGACGGAACAGAUUUAUCUGGAUCCGGUGAAGAGAGUCCCUGGAGAGACGGUAUGCCUCCGAUGCAGGACUUGGGGUUGAGCCAGGACGGGUCUCCUGAGUCUUGGGUACGAGAAUGGUCUUGA